GAUACGAAAUUCCCACUCCUUGACGUAUCGGUGUGUGUUCAGUUGUUUACGACUCUGUUUUCUCUGCACCGUCUGUUGUUUUUUGCGUCACAGUUAUCAAUAAUUACUUGAGUGGGUUUUGAGAAUUUUCAGUGAGUUUCGAGUGCUGGUUGAUGAUAGAGUUUGUGCAGAUAUUUUGAGGUUACAUUCGGGGUAAAUUUAAGAAAAUUACCGAUAUUGUCGUGACGUUCCAAAAUUGAGAGGUUAUAUGCGCUCGCAACGAAAGAUUUUGUGCCUGAUUUGGAUAAAUCAUCUGACAAACGUUACCUGAUUGACUUGGAGGAUCAAUUUUACGGAAAUGUCAAAACGAAAGCAUAACAUUGCAUACAUAAAACCGGACGAGCCAAAGUUUUUAAGAGAGUUAAAAGCUAAGGCUGGUUACAAGGAGGGACCUUCCAUUGAGACGAAGAAAGAAGCUCUGCCAACAGCCACUGACGAGGAUUACGAGGAUCGUGACGAAGAGCUGCCUACCGUAGUUGUAUUAAACAAUGGUGAUUUAACUGCUGAAGAAGCAGCCGCUUUCGAACUUGAGAAAGAAAAAGAGGAGGCUCAAAUCCCAGCAGAUCUGUCUAAGAAAAUAAUAUUUUCGAAAACAAAGUCUAUGUCGAAAGAUUUAAAAAAAAAUACACAGACUGAGGGUUCCUUACCCAAGAAAAGCAAAAAAUCUAAGAAAAACAAAGUUAUACUUUCAUUCAAUGAGGAUGACGAGGAUUAAAAAUAUUUUAUGAAAUAUUACUGACUAGGGUGGUCAGCUUGAAUAUCAACUUACCAAAGUGAGACUUUGAAUGUCGACUGUCAACGGACGAUGUUACCCUGAGAGCAACAUGAAUAUCGAUAAUUGAAUUGCGGAUUUUGGAUUUACAUCGUCAACUUCAUUGUUUAAGCAAUUGUAUUUGCAGCGACGUGAAUAUGAUGAAGAAGUCUACGUGUAUAUUUACACCUCGCUUUGAUUUCUUUUCUUGUUAAUAAAAAGAAUCACAUUGCAGUGAGCAAA